ACUGUACAUCAGUGUUGUACUCCCCUUCAGCGUGUCUUACAGGAGGAGGUCUGUACCUGAACGCUGCUUCACUUCAACACAGAGGAAACAUGGCGAGCUGGUGUGUGCGAGCAGUGAGGCAGAGCUACUCUGUUGUAGCUUCUCCAGCGCUAAUAAGAGCGUCUCCACGAUUGUUAUGCACAGCCACCCAGCAGAAGAACGGCCACGGGUCAGAGGAGGCCGAGAAGCCGGAGCAGAGUGCAGCGGAGACGCUCCUGACAGAGGAGAAGACCAAGCUGGAGGAACAGCUCAAGGACAUGACGGAAAAGUACAAGCGGGCCUUAGCAGACACGGAGAACCUCAGGACGAGGAGUCAGAAGAUGAUGGAAGAUGCUAAAUUAUACGGGAUCCAGGGCUUCUGCAAGGACCUGCUGGAGGUGGCCGACAUCUUGGAGAAGGCCAACGAGAGCGUGCCCAAGGAGGAGGUGACGAGCCAGAACCCUCACCUGAAGAACCUGUACGACGGCCUGGUGAUGACCGAGGUCCAGAUCCAGAAGGUGUUCACCAAGCACGGCCUGGUCAGGCUCAACCCGGACGGCCAGAAGUUCGACCCCUACGAGCACGAGGCCCUCUUCUACGCCCCCGUGGAGGGCAAGGAGCCCGACACCGUCGCCAUAGUAACCAAAGUGGGCUACAAGCUCCACGGUCGCACCCUCAGGCCGGCGUUGGUGGGCGUGGCCAAAGCGCCCUAGAAGCGAUGACGUAACUUUCGCAAAGUGGGAUUUGCUUUGUUGCCUGAGAGACGGAUGACCUCAGGUACAGCAGACCGGUCGAGGGUCAGAGAGACGGGAACCCAACUGAACUUUGUAUCUAGACGAUAUCAACCAGUUAUUUUUACAGAUACAUUUACACUUACAAUUAGUCUGGCACAAAUUUCAACUCGUCAUCAGUCAGGUAUUGUCAGAGAUUAUCACCAGAUCACAGAAAGAGGCUUUCAUGUCUCCUACAAACUUGAAUCUUUACUGAAAGAGACACAAAAAGUUGAACAAAUUGUCAUAAAAAACGUAAUUUUGAGACUUUUUUGUGUGAGCUGUGAUGUAAUUUGAGUGCUAAUUCUGAACCGUUGGUAUCAUUCCAGACUUUUGUUUAAAGCCCUAAUAAUCUUGAACUUGACUCGUCAUUUGUCUUCUCUUUUUGUUUGUGAGUUUUAAAUUUUGUUCUGUGAAUAAAGCAUGGAACAGCAGUACAUGAGGAUGUGGAGAAAUGUUUCGAUGUUACUUUGUUCUGAGUCGGGCUUCCCAAAGCCUUCAUGGUAAAAAAAACAAAAACAAAACAUCUUUCUGUUGUUCAUUUGGACGAGAUCAGGCUCCGGUAGGCCAGUAAUUUGGUAAUUGUGACGUUCCUAUGCCACAAUUUGGCUCAAUGUUGCCUGACGGUAAUGUAACGGCUUUAACUGUAAACCAUUAGAUUAAUUAUGUAAUAUUUGUCCAAAUUAUUCACAGCAUCAGAAGAAUAAAUUGAUCAACUUUGG